CAUCUUUCUCCUCGUCUUCGUUGUUCUUUCAGCCUUCAUGGGUUGGUUUGAUGUUGUGAGCAUGUGUAUGUAUACCAAAUCAUAGCUUUCUUUUUGUUUUCUUAGAAAUUAAGCUUAUAAUCUGUCUGAUUUUCUGAUUUUCUAUUUUACAGUCUAUAUUUUACUUAGGUUUUGUCGGUUCAGCAACAAACCCUCUCGAAUCCCCUGAAUUGCGAAGAUCAAACAAAUUAAAUGUCCAAUAUCAAAGUACCUCACCACCACAGACAACGUCACCAAUCCUGACAAUUUAUCUGGUAUCAUGUGUCCAUCAUACUUCCGGUGGAUCCAUGAGGAUCUACGGCCGUGGAGGGACACCGGAGUCACCAAAGACAUGGUGGAACUGGCACGUAAGUCUGCAAAUUUCAGGCUGGUCAUUGUGAACGGGAAGGCCAAUUUACAAAAGUACAUGGGGUGUUAUGAGACUAGGGAUGUGUUUUCUUUGUGGGGAAUCCUACAGUUUCUGAGAUGGCACCCUGGAAGAUUGCCCGACUUGGACAUGAUGUUUGAAUGUGGUGAUCUUCCAGUGAUCCCCUGCUGGAACUUUCAAGGUCCAAAAGCUUGCCCCCCACCCUUGUUCCUCUACUGCUCCCCUUCAUGGAUAUCAGCAGAGGUGAACAUUAGGCCAUGGACGAAUAUGUUGAAGGACAUAAAAGAAGGUACUAAGAGGAUUAACUGGAAAGACAGAGUGCCCUAUGCACAUUGGAAAGGAAACCAAUACGUCGGUCGUGCCAGAGGAGAUCUUAUGGAGUGCACCGUCACUAAUAAAAAAGAUUGGAAUGCAUGUUUAUACAUUAUGCACUAUUGGCCCAUUAAAGAUGAUACCAAGUGCGCCUCUCUAAAGUUUUCCGUUGAAUGGGGCAACACUCAUCCUGAUAAGGUAGAGUUCAUCCAAAAGGCCACUGUCAAGCUCUUUGAAAAAGAGUUGAACAUAGAUGUUGGGUUCGAUUACAUGUUUCAUUUGUUAAAUAAGUAUGCGAAACUGCCCAAAUUCAGGCCAGAAGUUCCAGAGGGAGCGGUCGAGCUUUGUCCAGAAGGAAUGGCAUGUCCUGAAACUCGAAGGUGGAGGAAAUUUAUGGAGAAGUCAUUGGUGACAUCUCCUAGCGAUACGGUUCCAUGCACCUUGCCUCCAUCUUACAGUGUGACAGUGAUGCGAGAAUUUCUUGAAAGGAAAACUAACGCAACCAAACAAAUGGAGAUGUGGGAAACUGAAUAUUGGAGCGCAAUCCUAAAUAGUCUAAGAUUGUUCUGGGGCCUCUUCCUCAUUGUCGGGGUGACUGGACCACUAGCUCUUGUCUACUUUGACCCUGGAAUUUCAGUUUGGAAAAGAAUCCUUCAAAUAUGGCGAAACUUUGACCAGAAGGAGUUGACCUCGCAUACCUUUAGGCAGCAUGAAUUAAAGGAUAAUGAAGACCGUAAUAUCGAAAUCAUUCCAAUUAACGGUGCCUCUGAAGCCCCUGCUGAAGACCCCAAUGAAGUAAGUGACGCAGCAGCAUCUGCAGCAGAACCAGGCCUUUAGACCCAAUGGUUUGAUCCCAAGCCUUAAGUGUUUGGACGAAAUGGUUGGAGUUCUGAGUUUCUAACGCCGUUGUGAACUCCACCAAAAAAGAUGAUCGUGCGCCUCAUUUAAGGGGUG